AUGGAGGAUCGAGCUCUGGUGGUGGCGGUGGGUCCAUCUGUGGAGGAGGAGGAGGUGGCUCAGGAUAUGGAGGAGGAGGAAGCUCAGGCAGUGGAGGCUCCAUCUCUGGCGGUGGCAGCAGCUGUGGCAAGAGAGGUGGAGGAGGAGGAAGCUCAUGUCAUGGAGGAUCAAGCUCGGGCGGUGGUGGUUCCAUCUGCGGCGGAGGAGGCUCAGGGCUUCCACAGCAGGAGCUGCAAAAGUGAAGGUAUUCGUGCAGUGCAUGUCAAUGAGAGCCUGCUGCAGCCUCUUGAUGUGAAGAUCGACCCUGAAAUCCAGCACGUCUGAAAGCAGGAGAGAGAGCAGAUGAAGAGCCUCAAUAAUCAGUUUGCCUCUUUGAUUGACAAGGUACAGCAUCUGGAGCAGCAGAACAGGGUAUUGGCCACCAAAUGGGCCUUACUCCAAAAGCAGGUCCUGCCAUCCCAGAAGAACAUCCAGCAUGUCUUCGACAACUUCAUUUGCAUCCUGCAGAGGCAGCUGGACUCACUGCUGCAUGAGAGCGGGCAGAUGGAGCCUGAGCUGAAUGACACGGAGAAGCUUGUUGAAGAGUUCAGAUGCAAAUACGAGCAGGAAACGAACAGACACACAGCUGCCGAGACCGAGUUUGUGUUACUGAAGAAGGAUGUGGACUGUGUCUAUCUGACCAAGAGAGAGCUGGAAGCAAAGCUGCAAACCCUAAAGCAGGAGAGAGAUUUCCUGAAAUGUGUUUCUGCUCAGGAAAUUGCUGCGCUGGAGAGAAGUCCCUGUGCCACUUCUGUUGUCGUGAAAAUGGACAACAGCCGAGGCCUGGACAUGGAGGGCAUCCUCAGGAGCGUUGAGUGCUGGUAUGAGGACAUAGCUCAGAAAAGCAAGGCAGAGCUGGAUGCGUUGUACAGAACUGGGUAUCAAGAGCUUGAGGAGGCAAAGGGGAGACAUCGCAAUGAACUGAAGUCCCACCAACAAGAGAUUGAAAAGCUGAGUUUUGUGAUCCAGAGAAGGCAGUGUGACCUUGAAAAUACGAAAAAGCAGGUGUCCUCUCUGCAGACAUCAGCUUGUGAUGUUGAGCAGCGUGGGGACUGUGCCCUGAAAGAUGCCCGGGAGAAGCACGUUGAGCUGCAGAAUGCCCUCCAGAAGGCCAAGGAUGAGCUGGCUUGCAUGCUGCGGGAUUACCGGGAGCUGCUGAAUGUCAAACUGGCCCUGGAUAUUGAGAUCGCAACAUACAAGACUCUACUGGAGGGUGAAGAGAGCAGGGGUGAGGAUUUCAACUGGACCUCCAUGCCCCCGGAACACCCGGAUCUAAACUUCAGCUGUGAGAGUCAGGACAACCAGGACGUAAGACCUAAAGUAGAAAAAUGA